AUGGUUGCGGCGGUGAGCAACGAAGAGAGUAAGGACUGCAACGAUGGCGAGGGUUAUCUAAAUCUGAAACUUCUCUCUCUCACUUACUCGCUUGUGUGUGCAAUGGUGGAUAAAAUGCAGCGGCGGAGGAAGAAAGUGGAAAAGGAAAAGCAACGGAAGAACAAGGCGAUCGAAAUGGCUUCAUCGCUAUCUGAUAUCCCCUCCUCCUCAACCACCUCCUGCGAAAUCGUGCCCAUCGAAGAGGACAAAAACCACAGUUUCUCCUCCAACAAUCCGACCCAGAUCGCGAUGUCUGAUUAUAACACUAACAACAAAGUAAUCAAGAAAUCACCCAGCGGUGUAGUUGUGGAUCAUCCAGAAGCGAAAAGUGAAUCCUUAACAGUGAAUUUUCUUCGUACUUUCUUAUUCGGGCAUAAUAAAAACUCGAAAUCCAAAUCAAUUCACAACAAACCCACCGCCAACAGCCAAACCAGAUCAAGCAACAGCAACAGCAACAGCAACGAACCGAGGUCAAAUGACGACGACAACAGAAGCCGCAGUGUGGUUGAGGCGCUUUCGAAAUUGAUUGGAGCAGAUCUGGAUUACCUUGACAAGACUUUGAACAGGAUGAGAAAGUACGAAGAUCAAAUCAAAGCUGCAUCUGAGAGUUUGAAGAAGCUCAAAGAAGCUGGUGGAAGUGAAGAAAAUUUUCGGGAAUUGAAGAGGAUUGUCAUGAAACUGAAGGAGCAGAUCUUUUCUAUGCGCGAGAAUGAGCCUGAAGGGUCCCUGGAGACGCUAAAAAACCAGGACUUUGGGCAGACGUUAGACUCCAAAGAAUUUUGGGGACGUUACGGUGAGCUUGACGCAGCGUCCAAGGUCUGUCUGUUAUGCUUUUCAGUGUUCCCGGAAAAUGCUGAAAUAAAGAAGAGGGUGAUGAUAUACUGGUGGAUCGGCGAGGGUUUUGUGACGACAGAGCAAUCGGCCAAUGAAUUAUUCCACAAGCUUAUUGUGAAGGGCUUGAUCGAGCCCGUGUGCAAAAACCAUAGCGGUGGAGUGGUCAUCUGCAAGAUGGACCCUCUUGUUCGUUCUCUGGUGAUUAAUAUUGCCCAGACGUUUAAUUUUGUCGAUGUUGAUGAUGCUAGUGCCACUCCUCGGGACUUGGCAUGCUUAACAGGUAAACGUUUAGCAAAAAUUCAGCAAUCGGAAAAGCUUGCAUUGUUCAAUGUUAAUGAGGAUAUUCUUGAAUUCAACCCCACAUGGUUUUCAAAAAUGCAAAAUGCCAGUGUUCUUUACUUGGGAAGGUGGCAGACCUCGCCCUCGCAUCACAUUGAAGUUGAGGACACCACGGCUAUGAAGACGAAAAAUGCAAAUGUUUUGGAUGGGUUGGAAAAUCUCACACAUCUAAGGUUUCUAAGUCUUCAAGGAAUCUCCAGAAUUACAGAGCUGUCCAAGUCCAUUUCAAAGCUAAGGAAUCUUACAAUCCUUGACAUUAGAGCGUGUCACAACCUUGAGGUGAUUCCCGAUGGAAUCGGCUUGCUCAAGAAUUUGACACAUUUGGACAUGUCUGAAUGUUACCUGCUAGAUCAGAUGCCCAAGGCGCUUGCAUUGCUCUCCAAACUCCAAGUCCUCAAAGGAUUCUUGGUUUCAGAGGGUAUAAACUCAUGUACUCUUGAUGAUUUGCAAAAAAUUCCCAGGUUGAGAAAGUUGAGCAUUUAUGCGGUUGUCCAUGGAUUUCCUUCAGACAGAGAUUUGUGUGUUUUAAAUCAGUUUAAAGCGCUUACCCAGCUAACAAUCGUGUGGGCAAGCCGCUCUGUGCAACCAACAGUAGCUCCAACAAGAUCAGUUACCUCUAAGCCAGCAGAGUUGGCAAUGCUUUCCUUAGGACUAAUAAAAUUAGACGUUCGGUGUUUCCCUUGGAUGACUACACCUAUUUGGCUGAGGGCUUGCAAUCUCAAGAACUUAAAGAAACUCUAUAUCAGAGGAGGUCAACUCUCUGAUCUGGGUCAAAAACUUGAUGACAAGAAGGCUGAGAAGGACAAGUGGGAAGUUGAGGUAUUGUGUUUGAAGUACUUAGAUGAUUUAGAGAUGGGUUGGAGUGAUCUGCAGGAAUUAUUUCCAAAAUUAAAAUUCUUGGAGAUGUCUUAUAAAAUGAAAUAG